AUGUGUAACAAUGUGAGGACAUCAUUGUUGUCUUGCAUUGUUCUCACAGAACAUCUGUGAAUAUUUGAAAAGGAACUGAUGACUAAAACUGAAACUAAAACCACUUUUAGCUGCACUUGUAUUUUAAAAUUAAUGAAUCCGAGAGGACUGCAAAAUAAUCAGUACUAUAUUUUGUUCCAUGUGAAAUCCAGCAAUAUUUUUAUGUAGACUUGCUAACUGUUCUUCACUGUCAUUGAUGUCAGCAGUUGAAAUUAUACAUGAAGACAGACACAAACACACUGAUCACUGACUCCAUCAGGUUUAGAAUAAUAUUGUUACUUGAGAGCACUUUAUAUUAGGUGUCUUUAACUACCGUACUAAUAUUUAAAUUAAUCAUUUGAUACAAUGCACUUAUCGUAUACAUAGAUGUUUUUACAUUAUACUUAUAUUUAAAAAAAUAAAUACACCGUUGACCCUUCCCCUACCUCUUAACUCACCCUUAAACCUACCCAUACCACCAAACCGGUCCCUAACCUUACCCGUAUCCAAUCUCAGUAGAAGAAAAAGUGUUUUCAAUACAACAUGAACACAAUAAGUACAUUGAUAUUUUUGAUGUAAGUACAUCUAAGUACAUGUAGAUUAAAGACACCUAAUAUAAAGUGUGACCAAUUUUUAUUUUAAUAAAAUAAAAAGAGGCAUAAGGAAUACAAAAUCAGCCAUAAAGUGAGCAAAAUAUCAUGCACAACUAGACUGUACAGUAAUUAUACAGAUUAUUAAUGUUUAUUAUAAACUUUUACAUAAUGAUCAAAUAAAAAAAAUAGCCUGGCACUUCUGGCAACUCAUGAACUAUAAAAAAGGACGUUUACAAAUCUUAGCAACAAAUCAAGAUCAGAAUCAUAAUGUGUUUGGAACAAGAUGAGCCAGAUUAUCUUGCUGUUUUUUUUCAUGGUUCACAGACUUAUGUAUCUUGUAACUUCUCUUGUAUAUUAUACUAUCUCUGUCUGCUCCAUCUGGUUGAUCAUGUGUUGUAUACUGACUGUAUACUUGUAUACAUUUGUGUUCAUGUUAUCUAUCAACUUUAUGUAAAGCGUCCUUGGAUCCUUGAAAGGCACUAUAUCAAUAAAAGAUAUUAUUAGUAUCAUUAUCAUGGUAAUUGUCUAAGCAGACAUAUUUUCUUUCACUUUCUCAGAAGUGUGAUUGAAUGAAAAAUGAAGGAUGCUUUUUCACAUGUUUCUCAGUGGUUAUAUAAAAUAUCUUACAUAUUCUAUAUGUUUAGGCUUUAUUUGGAUUUUAAUUUAGCUUAAAUCAUAAUGAGUUUCACAAAUCUGAACUCUUAUAAUAAAACACUUCAAUUGCAUUUAGCAAUUAGUGAUGAGUUCCAUUUCCAUCAGCAGUCCACAUACUGUGAGUCUUACUGACUAAAUAAAGCAAACUGGCUUUAUCUUCCAGUCAUAAAUACUGUAUAGCUAAAUAUAACCAAAAUAACUAUGAUAUAAGUAUAACCAGUGGACAGAGAGCUGACAGAUGUGGUAUAUAUAACUUAAGUGAUCAGUACAAAAUGACCUAUAAAUGCAACUUGCUAACAAUUAUUCUGUUCUUAAAACAAAACAAAUAAAUAAACAAACAAACAUACAAAUAAACAAAGAAAUAAUACAAUUAUUGAAUAGAUAAAAAUUGCCAUUACUGUAUUAAAAGUAUGUGAUAAAUUUUAUUUUUAUUCUGUAUCAGUAGAGAGUUUAAUAUAAUGCUUUCCAAAGCGUAAAUGUAAGUGAAGUUGCAGAAAACACACAGCUGCAUAACACUCUCUCCGGUAACUGUGAUGACUUGAAACAACUAAUUCGACCGGUUGAUUAACAUUAGGAAUUUUUAGUUUUACUUCCUCUCAGCUCUAAUAGCUGAUCUAAUCACAGUGUGACGUAAUCACACAAUUUCACUCUCUUUCUCUUCAGCAUCACCGCCUUAAAUGACUUGCCAGGUUUAUUAAGGAAUUUGCAGCAGGUCAAAAACUUCAUGGUAAAGCCACUAAUUUACUGCGAGCAUUUCAGAAAUGCAAUUUUAAUCAUUCACUUCACUUACGGAAACACUUUACAUACAAUAAAGAAAACCUCACAACAAACAACCACAAAAACUCUUUCCCAUCAGAAAAAAUUUCAUAACAAUGACAGAGGAAGUAUGAUGCUUUUCAGAGAAACAGAAUGUCGUCAUAAACACCUUCAGAAGGUGAAGAUGCAGACUGUCUCCAGCGAUCACAGAUCUCAACAUCCCUCAGCUCUCGGAUGGACCUCGAUCACUUUCCAGAUUUAGCAGCUGCUGUAAAUGAUAUAAAAGCAAGAGAGAGCACCUACAGAUACAACAGUGAGACAUCACAAGCUCAUCUACAUCAUGAUCUUCACCAUCACCUGCCUUGCCCUGGUGGCCUCUGCUCUGGGUUGUGGAGUGCCACAGAUUAAGCCACAGACGAUUGGCAGCAGGAUUGUGAACGGACAGAAUGCCAUCUCUGGUUCUUGGCCCUGGCAGGUCUCUCUCCAGCUGCCCAACGGAUUCCACUUCUGCGGUGGAUCCCUGAUCAACCAGAACUGGGUUCUCACUGCUGCUCACUGCCGUGUCGUGGUCGGUUAUCAUCGUGUCAUUCUUGGAGAACAUGAUCGUGGCUCCAGUGUUGAACCCAUCCAGGUCAAACUAGUUUCCAAGGUCAUCACCCAUCCGCUCUACAGCAGCACGACAUCGAACAAUGACAUUGCGUUGCUGAAACUUGCGUCUCCAGUUGUCUUCACUCCCCGUAUCUCUCCUGUAUGUCUGGCUCCAUCAACCAUCAACAUCCUGCCUGGAACCCGCUGCUUCACCACUGGAUGGGGCAAAACUGCCACCACAUCGAGUCCUCCAAUCCUGCAGCAGACAGGUCUGCCCAUCACGAGUCCUGCUGUGUGCAGGCAGAUCUGGGGUCAGAGCAGAAUCACUGAUGCCAUGAUCUGUGCUGGAGCCUCUGGAUCUUCAUCUUGCCAGGGUGAUUCUGGUGGUCCUCUGGUGUGUGAGAGUAAAGGGGUCUGGUCUCUGGUGGGGUCUGUGUCCUGGGGCACCAGCACUUGUAACACUCUUUACCCAGCAGUAUACGCUCGCAUCUCCCAACUGCGCUCCUGGAUCGACAAGGCUAUCGCUUCCAACUAGAGCGCCAGUCUGAGCAUUUACC